GCGCGGCGCAGCGCACGCGUACCACACAGCUAAUAAAAUUGUUUACAUUCCUUACCUACAUUCGAUGCUUUUCGCUCGUCGCGUGUACAACAUGUAUCAAUAAUAACAUAAAACUUGCUUUUAUAAAUGUGAUUGAUAUAUUUUGUGGGUUCUACAGUCUACUGCUGUCGGAGAUAGAAUUGCUGGAUGAAAAUCUAGCCGUGCCCGUCAGCAGCGGUGUGCGAUGGUAUGCGCGGGAUGCGCGCGGGGCUGCUCCGGGCCGUGCUGGCCCUGCUGGUGGGCGCCAGCGCUGACGUCAUCUUCCGAGUACCGACCGUUGUGGUGCAUCCCAUAUCAGUAGCCAGACGUGUAGGUAUCGAGUCGAACGGCAGCCGAGCCAACGACAGCGAGGCGUGGAGCGAGACGGAGGUGGACGUCAGCUACGAGGAGUACUUCGUGGAGCAUGACGUGUCCACCGCAGAUGCUAAGCGAGCUGCUGCGGCGCUGAGGCUGGAUGAUAUCCCAGCGACGCAGGACGGGUGCGGCGAGUGCACGCGGCGCGAGAUGGAGUACUGCGAGACGCGCGUGCUGGCCGACCACUGCUGCUGCGAGCGGCGCUUCCUGCCCGAGCCCUUCCCCUGGCUGCCGCACACCUGCUACAUGGGCCCGCACCGCUGCAAGCCGCUGGCCCACGACUGCGUGCGCUACGUGCGGCUGCGGGACUGCUGCUGCUACAGGCACCUGGCUGACCGAUGGAAGGCAAUCCUAUCGCGGUCCAGCCGGGUAGGCGUGGGCGGGGUGUCCCUACUCCUCCUGUCCAUGUUGCUGUUCGUGGCGUACUUGUGACCCGCGCCGCCGCCCGCGCGCGCGCCCGUGCACGUGUGAUACACUGCGGCGUGUGCACGGGGGCAGGGACGGUGUGUGGUACAAAGCGAGCAGUGGAUGCGAAAGAGUAAUGUGAAUGACAAAGGCGACGCUUACUUUGUGAAGACUCGAUGUUGAUUGAUGAUCUAACUACAUUGCUGCUUUAAAUCGCGAAAUAUCUUUUAUUGUAUACGCGAGCAAGGAAUGAAUGUUCGACGAAUGGAACAUUUCGGGUUGAUAAUAUUAUGAUGUUUCAUAAACUUGGGAACUAUGUGUUUGCGAAUAUGACGACAACGAUUGUAUUUAUCUUGGAAUAUAGUUUCAAAUUUAAAUCCAAACUACAAGAUAGAAUAAAUGUAGUACAAGAAAUACAUUUCUCUUGGUCUGCAGCCAAUUAAAUUCGAAAUAGCUUAAAAAAAGCUUAUAUGAGGUUAAAAAUUAUUUGUAUUAACUCCAAAGAAUUGCUAUGUAUUAUCUAGUAAAAAAUCAGUAGAAUCUUUUAAUAAAUAAAAAAAUCGAAUAUCCGCACAAUUUUUCCUAGAACUUCUUCUAGAAUCUAGAUAUUUAUCUAACACUAUCUUAGUAUUUCGAGUAUAAAGACGUAAAAGUGGAGCUUUCUGUAAAUAGGUUAAGAGCUUUUCCAAAGAAUUCGCAUAAAAUUAUGUAUUUUUUUGCGCCUGUUGGAAAACACUUUACGAGGUUUUAUUAAAAAAAAAUCAGAAGAAUAUGCGAAAAGUGGAUUUUUUUUAAUAAUAAGAAUACACACAAUUAAAAUAAAUGAAACUAACGGUGCAUUUGCAUCAAACGAGCGAAUGCUCGUUCCAACCCCACGGCCACUAUGUCAAAUUCUUUUGGUGAAAACAGCAUUCUUUAGUUGUUCUUAGUGCGUUCGAAAACAUUCUAUGCAAUGUUCUAAUACUGAACAACACUGAAUACGAGUUUUCGUUUAUACUGAAAGAUCAGGAAAGAAUGUUCUUGUACAUAGAGCUAAAGCUAAAUAGCUCUAUGUUCGUUUGAUGUAAAUGCAUCGUAAUAAAGUGAAUAUAAAUUUCUAUAGUAGUCUGAUAUUAUUAUUUCUAUAAAAUAGCUUACUUAUUAAUGGUAAAAAUUAAAAUACUAAGACCACAUAAAUUCAUGUGAUAUGGGAGACAAGCGUACAAAAUGCGUAUUAUUUUUGUAAAGCUAUCAAAUAGCAAUAUUUACUUUUUACUUCUAAAUUCAUUAUUAUUUAUUAUAUAUUUGACAGAAAUAGUGUAUAAUAUUUUAUAAUAUGUCUGGAAUACUUACAAUUAUUUACAUCUAAGUUAUUUACAUACAUUUCUCACUUUUGUUAUUGACAUAACAUUACUUAAGCCGGCUACUCACGUACCUGCCGCAGGGGCAAUUUUGGUCGUUCUAUAAAUUGCCCCUGCUUGCAUAUACACAUCACAAGCCAAUUAAGGGUCCAAUUUAAAAAUUGCCUCUGCUGCAGGUACGUGAGUAGUCGGUUGAAGUAAAUUUUAUUUGUAUUUUAUUUGCUGUAUGAUGAGAAAUUGACCUAUCAAAUUAUUAUUUAAACGUUACCAUGUUUGUUUUUGUAUUA